GGUAAUGCGCCAUCUCUCCCCCCACCCGGCCCUGGCGAUGACAAGAAUAAAGACGAUAAGGAUAAAGAUAAGAAAAAGAAAUGGGAACCACCCCUUCCAACCCGCGUCGGUAAAAAAAAGAGAAGAGGUCCAGAUGCAACAUCAAAAUUACCAGCUGUAUUUCCAACAACGCGUUGCCGAUUAAAACUUUUGAAAAUGGAACGCAUAAAGGAUUACCUGUUGAUGGAGGAAGAAUUUGUUCAAAAUCAAGAACGAUUAAAACCGCAAGAGGAAAAGGCGCAAGAAGAACGAACCAGGGUGGAUGAUCUAAGGGGAUCUCCCAUGGGAGUUGGUACCUUGGAAGAAAUUAUUGAUGAUGAGCACGCGAUUGUUUCUUCUUCUACAGGACCUGAAUAUUAUGUUAGCAUAUACUCUUUUGUGGACAAAGAUUUAUUAGAACCUGGAUGUUCAAUUUUAUUACACCAUAAGGCGAUGUCUGUUGUUGGUGUACUUCAAGAUGACACCGAUCCAAUGGUCAGUGUCAUGAAACUUGAAAAGGCACCUACGGAGUCGUAUGCAGAUAUUGGUGGCUUAGAACAACAAAUUCAAGAAAUCAAAGAGUCCGUGGAGCUACCCCUAACUCACCCAGAAUUAUAUGAGGAGAUGGGUAUCAAACCUCCAAAAGGGGUUAUCCUAUAUGGCGUUCCGGGGACCGGAAAAACACUUUUGGCCAAGGCGGUGGCGAAUCAGACAUCUGCAACAUUCUUGCGUGUUGUUGGAUCGGAAUUAAUUCAAAAAUACCUUGGUGAUGGACCGAAACUUGUACGUGAAUUGUUUCGCGUAGCCGAGGAGCAUGCACCAUCCAUCGUGUUUAUUGAUGAAAUUGAUGCUAUUGGAACAAAACGUUAUGAUUCAAAUUCAGGCGGUGAAAGGGAAAUUCAAAGAACUAUGUUGGAACUUUUAAAUCAAUUAGAUGGAUUUGAUUCUCGCGGUGAUGUCAAGGUCAUCAUGGCAACGAAUCGCAUUGAAUCUCUGGAUCCAGCUUUGAUCCGUCCAGGUCGUAUUGACCGAAAGAUAGAAUUUCCAUUACCGGACGUAAAAACGAAACGUCGUAUAUUUAACAUUCAUACAAGUAGAAUGACAUUGUCGGAUGAUGUAGACCUCGAGGAAUUUGUAAUGUCAAAGGACGAUUUGAGUGGCGCAGAUAUUAAAGCUAUCUGCACUGAAGCUGGUUUGUUGGCAUUACGCGAAAGACGUAUGAAAGUAAUUGCCGAGGAUUUUAGGAAGGCGCGAGAGAAGGUCCUCUACCGUAAGACCGAAGGCACACCCGAAGGGCUUUACCUGUAG